AUGAGAAAGGGCCUUGCCUCUUCUGGAAGAAAUAAUGGGGUUCAAUUAAUGCCGAUCGUAUACAGCGCGAAUUAUACCCCUAAUCCAUGGGAUGGUCCCUAUUGCAUCUCCCCGAUUGAUAAGUCACCCUAUUCACCUGAUCUAAAUCCAAUUGAGCAGCUUUGGGACUAUAUGAAAGAUUGGAUUGGAGAUCGAUAUCUAGUAGCUCAGGAUCGCAAGCUUUCGUAUGAUCAGCCGCAUGAGGCGGUUAGGGCUGCAUGGGACGCAAUCCUUACGUCUAUUCUAGACAAGCAGAUUGAUCUGAUGCAAGCGCGCUGCAAGGCUGUGAUUGAUGCGCAGGGAGGACAACCCCCCUACUAA